AUGGCGGAGCGGUACUGGACCAAGAACAAGAACGAAAAUAUAGGAGGAGCUCUACGCGCCGGCAACAAUGCUCGUGGACGCGGAGCCAACAACUUUCAGUGGCGAUUCCACAGCAACUACGACGACAACUACGAUCGAGUUGCGUUCGCGGUUUCGCUGGAGGCUGGACUUUCGACGGGCAAGAAUAUGCCAAGGAUGUGGGCAGUCGACAGCGGUGCGACGCAUCAGAUCUGCAUCGACAAGGCCAAGUUCACAAGCCUGAAUGAGCGAGAAGAAGGCAAACUAUCGGUGGCUGAUGGCAGCAAAGGCUGA